GGUUCCGCCUCGGCGACACGGCUGCCCCGCGCGGGCACUCGGGAUCGUUGUGCGCGGGGCAGCCCGGGGCGCUGGCCGCGAGCCCAGGGCGGAGAGCGGCGGGAGGGAGCGGCGCGCAGGGGAGGGCAGAGGCGGAGAGAGCCGCGAGCCGCGGAGCAGAGGCAGGCGCCACACCGCCCCGCGCCCCGCACACUUGCGGGCUCCGGAGACACGCGGGCGGCCGCCUGGGCGUACCAGCCGGGUCACCUUGUCCCGGAGGGAAAUGGGUCCCAUGGGGCAUGUGUGACCUGUGAGUACAGCCUGCUAACCUGACACUGAGGGAGUCUACCAUGGAUGGCAUCCUGGAACAGAAAGAUGGGCUGGUACACAGUAAGAUCAGUGAUGCCGGCAAAAAGAAUGGCUUGAUUAACACCAGAAACUUCAUGGCGGAGAGCAGGGAUGGCCUGGUGUCUGUUUACCCAGCACCCCAGUACCAGAGCCACCGACUGGUGGCCAGUGCAGCACCAGGCAGCCUGGAUGGAAGCAGGAGUGAGUCAGUGCAGCAGUUGCUGGACCCCAACACACUGCAGCAGUCGGUGGAGUCCCAUUAUCGUCCCAACAUUAUCCUCUACUCGGAGGGCAUGCUGCGCUCCUGGGGAGAUGGCAUGGCAACUGACUGCUGUGAGACCACCUUCAUUGAGGACCGAUCACCCACCAAAGACAGUCUGGAGUACCCUGAUGGGAAAUUCAUCGACCUUUCAGCUGAUGACAUCAAAAUCCACACCCUGUCCUAUGAUGUGGAGGAAGAGGAGGAGUUACAGGAGUUGGAGAGUGACUACUCCAGCGACACAGAGAGUGAGGACAACUUCCUCAUGAUGCCGCCACGGGACCACCUGGGGCUCAGUGUCUUCUCCAUGCUCUGCUGCUUCUGGCCUUUGGGUAUCGCGGCCUUCUACUUGUCCCAUGAGACGAACAAAGCUGUGGCCAAAGGAGACUUCCACCAGGCCAGCACCAGCUCCCGGCGGGCCCUCUUCCUGGCAGUGCUAUCUAUCACCAUCGGAACCGGCAUCUACGUGGGUGUGGCCGUCGCCCUCAUUGCCUACCUCUCCAAGAACAACCACCUAUGAGCUUUCUGCAGGCUGGUGGGAAGGGGAGGAGCUGGGCCAGGUGUGCGAGGGCAGAGAAGAGACACACCUGCGUGAUACUGUACAGUACAAGUUGCCAAAUGACUCCACCAUGCCCUGGCAUCUUCCACUCCUGGAUUCCUGUUGUUUUUAAUCCCUCCACUUCAUCUUCAGCACUGUGCAGAGCACCAGGCAGCCGGCACUGCUGAUUCUUCCACCUGGAAGCGCCAAAGAUUCCAGCCCGGUGGCUGACCCUGGAUGGAUUCUGGUGGAUCGAUGACAACCCAGCUCUGCAGCCUGCCAGUGCCUGGACCACCACCCCAUUAGCAAUAUACAAACUGUUAAAAAUGGGUUUAUUUUUAUGGAAUAUGGUGCAAUAGGCAGAGGUCAGGGGACAGGUCACCAUUAGCUGUGGCCCACUUGAGUCCUCUGCAUCUGUGUGGCUUUCCUGACGGAAGCAAGUGCGGCCAAGAAGGGAGAGGAAGCACCUGCUGGGAAAUCUGCUGUCUCUAUCUGCCUGUGAGUGCAAAGCUAGAGGAGCAUAGCGCCCACCCGGCCCUGCUCACUCCCAGCACGCUGCCCCAGCUUGGAGCCUCAGGCCUUCUGCAGGCCUCCUGCAGCUGCCCCAGCAAUACGCAAUCCUGGGGACCCAUUGGUCUAAACCGGGAGGCAGGCCACAGCCCCUCUCAAGAACGAGCCCAGCAUUUGCCCCAGGAGCCUGAUGGAAAGGAGCUAUGAAGACACGUGGGUGUUUCACUCUUGGAUGCUCACCCUGGUCACAAGCAGUGACUCCUGUGACCUGGGAAACAAGAUGGGCCUUACUCUGUCGACUAAAUGAAUGGCUAUUUUCUUGUCAUUUUUUUAACUGCAACUCUUGCUUCAUGCUGCUUCAGUUGCCAGAUGAAUGCUGAUAAAUAAGUAAUCACAGAUGUUUUAAUACCAUGUCAUCGCUGUUUUACGAGUGUUCAUUAUUUAACAAAAAUUAUCUUUUAGCUUAUUUGCUUAUGACUUUUCUUUCUGAUGAAUGGUGAUGGUUGG